AAAAAAAAAAAAGGAAAAAGAUAGAGAGUGGUGGGCGAAGUAAGAAGGAAAAACAGAGGAAAGGAAAUGUGUGGGUAUUGUAGGGGUACAUAACAGGAUUUGGCCUGUGUGACAAAGCCUUCAAUGUUCAAACCCCAUUUCUUCUUUUUCCUUUUAGAUUAUUGUUCCUGCCUCCCUUUCCUUGUCAACUGUUUUUCUGGCCUCUUUCUCUCCCCACUUUCGCCGGCACUGUCGCCGGAAUCCGUCUGUCUUUUUUUAUUCUAAAAAAAUUUAUUUUCUUUCCCGGGAAAUAAAGUUGUUUUUUUACUAUUACUAUUAUUAUUAUUUCAACUUUCUAAAUCAGCUGAUCUGAGCUCUCAACUCAACAGCAACCCCUUCUAUUGUCAAAAUUGAAGGGAAAAAGCAAUGAAGAUGCCGGCGACCGGAGCCGGAGCAGCACCCAACGCGGCAGCUCCGAAUUUGUCUGAAGGUGGAGCGCCAGAGAAGAGCAUCAACCCGGAGCUAUGGCAGGCGUGUGCUGGGCCGCUGGUGAACUUGCCGGCGGCUGGGACCCACGUUGUCUACUUCCCUCAAGGCCACAGCGAACAGGUUGCAGCAUCUAUGAAGAAAGAUGUCGAUGCUCAAAUUCCAAACUACCCAAAUCUUCCUUCGAAGCUAUUAUGUCUCCUUCACAAUGUCACCUUGCAUGCAGACCCUGACACAGACGAAGUCUAUGCUCAGAUGACCCUCCAACCUGUUUCUUCUUUUGAUAAAGACGCGUUACUGAGAUCAGAUCUUUCUCUUAGGGCAAAUAAGCCACCGCCAGAAUUCUUCUGUAAGACAUUGACAGCAAGUGAUACAAGCACUCAUGGAGGUUUUUCUGUUCCUCGCCGUGCGGCCGAAAAAAUUUUUCCUCCUCUUGAUUUCUCAAUGCAACCACCUGCUCAAGAACUUGUGGCCAGAGAUCUGCAUGACAAUGUCUGGACCUUCCGCCAUAUCUAUCGUGGACAACCAAAACGUCACUUGCUUACAACAGGAUGGAGUCUAUUUGUUAGUGGAAAGAGACUUUUUGCUGGUGACUCGGUUUUAUUCAUUAGAGAUGAAAAGCAGCAGCUUCUCUUAGGUAUAAGGCGGGCUAACAGGCAACCCACCAAUCUAUCAUCAUCAGUAUUGUCUAGUGAUAGCAUGCAUAUUGGCAUCCUUGCUGCAGCUGCUCAUGCAACAGCAAACAAUAGCCCCUUUACUGUAUUCUAUAAUCCAAGGACUAGUCCAUCUGAAUUUGUUAUUCCUUUAGCCAAGUACUACAAAGCUGUGUACAACAAUCAAAUAUCACCUGGCAUGCGCUUUCGAAUGAUGUUUGAAACUGAAGAGUCAGGAACAAGAAGGUAUAUGGGUACAAUUACGGGAAUUAGCGAUCUUGAUCCUGUAAGAUGGAAAAACUCACAGUGGCGUAAUAUGCAGGUUGGUUGGGAUGAGUCAACUGCUGGGGAAAGACGUAAUCGAGUAUCCAUUUGGGAGAUUGAACCAGUUACAGCUCCAUUUUUCAUCUGUCCCCCUCCAUUCUUCAGAUCAAAGCGCCCUAGACAACCUGGAAUGCCAGAUGAUGACUCCUCCGACUUAGAUAAUCUAUUUAAGAGGCCAAUGCCUUGGCUUGGCGAUGAUAUAUGCAUGAAGGAUUCCCAGGCCCUUCCGGGGCUUAGCUUGGUCCAGUGGAUGAAUAUGCAGCAUAAUCCUGUAUUGGCAAACACAAUCCAGCCAAAUGUAAUGCAGUCUCUGUCUGGGUCUGUUAUGCAAAACUUUGCUGGAGCAGAUAUUUCUCGCCAAAUGGGUUUGUCAGCACAACAAAUUCCUCAGCCCAACAAUUUGCAGUUCAAUGCUCAGAGGCUACCUCAGCAAGUGCAGCAGCUUGAUCAGCUUCCAAAGCUACCAUCUACGAUGAACACAUUGGGAUCCAUUAUGCAGCCACAACAGCUGAGUGACAUGACUCAGCAGUCAAGGCAAAAUUUGAUUGCUCAGACCCUACCAUCUAAUCAAGUUCAGGCUCAAGUUCUGCAGCCUCAAACCCUUGUCCAAAGUAACAACAUCCUUCUGCAGCAGCAAACAUCUACUCAAAUCCAUCAACUCCCAAGAAGUCUUCCUCAAAACCUGCAGCAGCAGCGGCAGCAACAGCAACAUCUUAUGGGCCCAAAUCAACAGCAAAACCUAAUGCAUUCCCAGCUGCCUGAUCCAGCUAGCCAGCUUUUACAAAUGCCUGACAACCAGAUUCAGUUUCAACUGUUGCAGAAGCUUCAGCAGCAACAGCAGUCACUUUUGGCUCAGCAGUCCGCACUUCAGCAGCCUGCUCAACUUGCCCAACCCCAAGAUCAACAAAGGCAGUUGUUAGAUGCAUCUCAGAGCUUCUCCACGUCUGUGGCAACUAGCCAAGUAUUAGAGAUGCCUCAAAUGUCACCUACCUUGCUACCUCAGUCUAAUGUUGUCACACAGCAGAUGUCCAAAAAUAACAGCCGGGCAAAUGUUCGGUUCUCCCAGCCACCUCUGCAGUCAAAGCUUCAGCAACAGCAACCUGGAAUGCUGCCUGAAAUUCCUGGUCAUGUGGGUCCCUCCCCAACCACAGCAACAAAUCAGCUCUCCACAGCUGUUAGCAGUGUAAUGACUGGUGCUGUUAUAGCUGCACAGUCUGUGAUUACUGAUGAUAAUCCAUCUUGUUCCACUUCACCAUCAACAAACUGUCCAAAUGUUCUUCAACCACUGAUAAACAGCAGAGCCCACAGAAUUACUGGAUUAGGGGAUGACAUGGCUCAGUCUGCUGCCACAGUCUUGAAUCCUAAUACCUUGGAAACCAUGUCAUCUAAUGCUAAUAUAAAUAAAGAACUACAGCAGAAGUCUGAUGUUAAACCCUUGUUAAAUAUCUCCAAGAGUCAAAAUCUAGGCCUUUUUGCACCACAAAACUACAUCAAUGGUGUUAAUGCACAGGCAGAUUAUUUGGACACAUCAUCUUCUACGACUUCAGUGUGCCUUUCUCAGAAUGAUGUUCAUUUGCAGCAAAACAACUUAUUGACUUACAAUCCUCAAACAAUGUUGUUGAGAGACACAAGUCAAGAUGGAGAAGUUCAGGCAGAUCCUAGGAACAAUGCUUCAUACAGCACGAAUAUGGAGGGUCAAAUAGGGAUGACCAUGAAUUCUGACAAUUUGCUGACAAAGGGCAUGAUGGGGCUGGGGAAAGAUUUUUCCAAUAACCUCUCUUCGGGGGGAAUGCUCACCACCUAUGAAAACCCCAAAGACGUUCAGCAGGAACUUUCAUCUUCGAUGGUUUCCCAAUCAUUUGGAGUUCCAGAUAUGACAUUUAAUUCCAUUGAUUCCACUGUAAAUGAUAGCAGCUUCAUAAACCGGGCUGCAUGGGCUCCACAACCACAGUUUCAGAGAAUGCGAACAUAUACUAAGGUGUACAAACGUGGAGCUGUUGGAAGAUCAAUAGAUAUAGCCCGUUAUUCAGGUUAUGAUCAACUCAAACAAGAUCUGGCUCGUAGGUUUGGCAUUGAGGGGCAGCUGGAAGACCGGGGCAGAAUCGGCUGGAAACUAGUCUAUGUGGAUCACGAGAAUGAUGUUCUACUAGUUGGAGAUGACCCAUGGGAUGAGUUUGUCAACUGUGUCCGAUGCAUUAAGAUCCUCUCCCCUCAGGAAGUGCAGCAGAUGAGUUUGGAUGGAGAUUUUGGGAACUCUGUACUUCCUAAUCAAGCCUGUAGCAGCUCUGGCAACGGCAACGCAUAAACUAGUCUAGCAACAAGCCAAUGACUGUUAGUUGUUGGGAGCUUAUAUCAUUUGUUUGUAGCUAGGGUUUAAUAGCCUUCCAUACUGCAUAUAUCUUCCACAUAUUGGUAGUUUCAUUUUCCAAUGGUAACAAAAGGUGGAACGAAAAAGGUGGAACGAUCCUUCUGUGCAGUAAGAUGAUGUUCACUUACAAUUUUGGCUGAAGUUUAUGCUUAGAGAAGAACAGAUAGAUCAUAGAAGCAGAAGGAAGAGUAGGAAAUCUAUCAACACUCUCUGCAUCGAUAGUUUGGAAGGGACAGUUAAGCUUAGUUAAGAAUCCAGUUUGAUAUAUGCUUUGAACUCGUUAAUAGGUUUGAUUGUAUGUGGAGAAAUUGAUAUUCCAGUUUAUUCUCCUUUGAAUUGAAAUUUGAUGUUCGUUAGUUGUACUCCAGUUUUUUAGCAAAGAAAAAUCAUGAAUUGUAUGGCUUGGUUUCGACUAUAUAAAAUGUGUAGAUAUGUUCUUCAAUUGUCAAAUGGAAAGAAAAAAGAGUGAUCUCAACUUCAAUUUUUGUGAAGGGGGGACUCACCUUGUGUUGGACUAACAGUUUCUCAAAAUUUAUCCCAGUAAUG